UGCAGCUUGAGGCUUUAAAUAAUAUUCUGUGGUUAUCUGUCACUUAUUUAUCGCUCUAUGGUCACCGACCAGUUGAAAAUAAAUGUUACCGCCGCCGAAACUGAAAUAAAGUUAAAUAAAUCAAUUUCAUUAGGUACCUGACUAAGUAGUGAUAAAGUUUGUACACUAUGGCGUCUGGACUAGAAAGCUAUAUAAACCAAACAGUGUCAGUAAUAACUUCAGAUGGAAGAAAUUUUAUCGGCACCUUGAAGGGAUUUGAUCAAACUAUAAACGUUAUUUUAGAUGAAUCCCAUGAACGAGUGUUUUCAUCAUCCACAGGAGUGGCGCAAGUAGUUCUAGGCCUUCACAUAAUACGAGGAGAUAACAUAGCUAUUGUUGGACAAAUCGACGAAUCAAUAGACAGCCGAUUAGACCUGGGUAACAUUAGAGCUGAACCAUUAGGACCUAUUGUACACUAGUAAUAAAUUUAAUAUUUUUUUAAAUA